AUUUCCGUAACGCAAAAAAACUUCACAUCCCAAGCAUCACUUCGGUUUUUUACCAACCAAUCAAGUCAUCCUUGGGUGUCACAUGACACUCUUCCUUCCUGUACUGCUCUGUUCAAGGGGCUGUUUAGCCGUUUGGGCUAGCUUUUUAAACAUUCCCUUUUCUUAAAGUGUGGACCAAAAAAAUAAAUAACGGGAUUAAGCAGGUUUUUUUGCGGCAGUUACCGUGGCAGUGGCAUCCGGGACCAUGUCGAUGUUCAGCACAGGCAUCCUGGUACUGACAUCGCCCAUCCACACCCUGCGCAUCGCCCCCGUGCUUCGCUCGGCUGCGCAGCUGGUGGAGCGCACCCUCUACGUCCACCUGCACCCGGGCCUCAACCUGUGCGGUGGUGGCGGCCAAGCGCGGCCCGUCUUCAUCCCGCCGGCCGUCGACCUAUGCUCGCUCAUCACGCGCCUGUACAGCAAUGCGGCCGACGUGUGCUCACACCUCGAUGUCCGCGUCCUGCUCACUCACAUCCACCCCCCGUCCAACAUGGGCGGCCCCUUCCCCACGCCACAGUCCCUGUCGCACUCCCCCGAGGUGCUCCUGACAGACUUCCCUCUGCAGGACCCGGCGCAGUCGCACCAGGUGACGCAGUGUCUGCAGGGCUACGCCGGACGCUGCUACGCGUGCCAGCCCGGCCUGCCGUCGGUGUUGCUCCGCCCGCAGCCGGCCACGCCGCACGAAGAGUCGGAGUCCGGGGCAAAGGAGCCCCAAGGGGAUGGUAAACCGUUGGAGACGUAUCCUGACGUGGUGGUGGGUGGCACCUUCGACCGCCUUCACGGGGCCCACAAGACCCUGCUAAACGUGUCGUGCUUGCUCGCCACAAGACGCUUCCUCAUCGGAGUGUGCGACCAGGGAAUGCUGAAAAAAAAGGUCCUGAAGGAGCUAAUCCAGCCAUACCACCUGCGCGUAGAAAAGCUCCACGAGUUCCUGCGGGACGUCAGGCCCUCGCUACAGGUGGAGAUUGUGCCCCUGGACGACCCGCUCGGGGUGUCGGUGGUCGACCCGCUGUUACGUUGCAUCGUGGUCAGCGAGGAGACACGCAAGGGGGGCGAGGCCGUCAACAGGACUCGCAUUAAGAAUGGCCUUCCCGCUUUGGUUCUUCACGAGAUCCAACUGCUCAAGGAUGCGCAUCACUCCGAAACGGAGGAGGAGAAGAUAAGCUCAUCCAGCCUGCGCUCCCGCUUGCUGGGAACCCUCCUCAUCCCACCCAAAGACGCGCCCCAUCUCCCCCUCCAGCCGUACGUGAUCGGCCUGACGGGCGGGAGCGGCAGCGGGAAGAGCGCCGUGGCCAAGCGUCUGGAGGACCUGGGAGCCGUCCGCAUCGACUGCGACAAGCUGGGCCACCAAGUCUACGAGCCGGACACUGCCGCCUACCACCGCGUCGUGGAGGAAUUCGGAUCGGAUAUCCUAAAUGAAGAUAAAAGCAUCAACAGGCGCGCCUUAGGGAAGAAGGUGUUUGGAAAACAGGACAGAUUGAAAGCACUAACGGACAUCGUGUGGCCUGAAAUUGCACUUCUGGUCAAGAACAUUAUCAGCCAAGCCAGGGAACAAGGUAAAGAUGUAUGCGUGCUCGAUGCAGCGGUUCUGCUGGAGGCAGGCUGGACAGACAUGGUCCAUGAGGUGUGGGUGACCAUCAUCCCCGAGGAGGAGGCGGUGUCUCGGAUAAUAGAUCGAGACGGCGUGUCACCGGAGGACGCCCAGCGCCGCCUCCAAAGCCAAGGUUCCAACGCGCAGCGGCUGGAGCAUGCCAACGUGGUGCUCAGCACGCUGUGGGAGCCCGAGGUCACUCGCAAACAGGUCUUAAAAGCGUGGAAUCUACUUCAGAAGAGGAUGCAGCAGAGACGGGCAGCACUAUAGGAAAAUAAAGCCGGUCAAGCUGGAGGAGAAGAAAUGGUACGACCAUGAAAGUUGAUGUGCCUCUGCAGUUGCCUUUUGACACGAAGAUCAACUCAAAUGUGUGCCUUUCACACUCAACCCAGCAAAGGCGAUCCCCUUUGCUGGACAGUGACAAUUGCUUUCGACCCAAAGGGCGGGA